AUGGCAACUUGCAAAGGCCUGAGGAAUAUGAAAACCGUCGUUCUGACGGGCUAUGUUGAGGCGCUACCACUGCCGAAAACCCUUGCCCCUUCAGUCCAAUAUGUACAAGUAUCCGUUGUUGUCAAACGCUCAAUGCUCUCCAAAAUGAGCACUGGAGGGGCCACUGAGCACAAUAACCUUGACCAAGAAGAACACGCAGGGCUUCCCCGAAAACAGCCCAAGGCAACAACUACCGGCAUGUCGAAUAGUAAGGAUGAAUGCGCCAGCAUUCCCAGCUCUAAUCCAUCGCCAGCCCCCAUUGCCAAAUGCAAACCCAUGACUCCGAGCCGCAGUGGCUGUCUGAUGGGCGUCACCAAUGCAAAUUUUCGACCGGUCCCUGAAAGGACACCACCAAGUUACGAAGGGCUCAGGCUCCAGACUGCCAGGGCAAUACGGAACUCUCGUGCUGUAUUUCCUCCAUUCUGCUCCCAACUGGUGGUGUUCACAAAUAGCAAAUCCGCCAUGCUAAAGUUCCCCAGGCUGGAUAUUCGGUCCAACUGUCUGCGUGUCAAUUGUGAAUUGCGAUUGCCCCAUACAGAACAGGUCGCUGGUUUUCUCAGCCCCGAGGAUCUGGAGAUUUGGGUUCUCCCCAAUUGCAUUACCAUGACGAUGAACAGACAUACACCAUCCAAGGUAGAUUGGGUAACCGUAUCUCCGAAUAUUACGCCUAGAACUGUAAAAUCACGACGAAAGGGUUCGGCGGAGCGAACCAUGUUUUGUGGACCUGUAAGCGAAGCUCACCAUGGAUCCAUUUUUGUCAACGAAAAAGGAUUAACCGACGAGAACUUAACCUUUGACAUGGAAGUGGCCGAGUCUCAUCGUGAGAGCGACUGUUUUCGUGUCGGAGAAAUCAAAACGCCAACAACUGAGCCACCACAUGUCCGUCGAAUACACAUCUGA